CAGGGAGUUUGAAGAUGCAGAAAAUACCCAAUUCCAUCUAGAUAUGUGGGAUUUUGAUGAUGUUGAAACUGUACGGCACAAACUGGGAGAACUGAGUGACCUCCAUGGCCUGAAGAGGAUUAUUAAGGAAGCUCGGAAAAAUAAAGGACAGGAUGAUUUCCUGGGGAAUGUGGUCAUUCGUCUGCAGGACCUGCAUUGUCGGGAUGAUCGCUGGUACAGGCUGGAACCUCGCACUGACACUUAUCCCAACCGAGGGCAUUGCCAUCUGCAGUUUCUUUUGGUACAUAAGAAGAGAGCUACCUUAGCCAGCAAGACACAGCCAAGUUACACAGUUCAUCGCCAACUUCUUCAGCAGAUUGUUUCAUAUGAGAUUCUUCAGUACCAGGCUGGCAGCACUUCCUGGGAUGGAGAGUUAAGCAAAGAUGCCAGUACAAUCCUAUAUCUACAUGCUACUCAGAAAGACAUUUCGGAUUUCCACCAAGACAUGGCGCACUGGUUGGCUUACAGUAAGCUGUACCAGAUCCUGGAGUUCAACAGCAACUGCCUGCUCCAUCAGAUCACCAGCAUAGAAUAUCAGUGGAUUCAAGGCCGAUUACGAUCUGAGCAGACAGUUGAGCUGGCGGACUCUUUCCGGUCCUUGCUGAACUAUGGGAUUUCUCUUCUUCAAAGGUACAGGAUCGUCUUCCCACUCUCCUCACCCAAAUCUACCCAGAGGCUGCAGUCACUGCUCAGGGUUUUAGUUCAGAUGUGUAAAAUGAAAGCCUUCAAAGAACUUUGUACUCUGACUCCUGAUCUUGAAGAAAUGGUCACAGAGGCACUUAAGGCUGGAACAGCAGAGUGGUUUCACAUGAAGAAGCAACACUUGAAGCCGAUGGUAAAGACUACGGAGGAAUGUGGCAAAGCUCUGGUCUGUCUUCUUCUGGAGGUGAAUACAGAUCUCCAACAGUGUCACAAAACCUGGAACAAAUAUUUCAUCAGCACCAUGAGAGUAGAUCUCUUCUCAAUUGCAUAUCUUGAAAUGCAGGAAAUGGUUUCUUGUUAUGUCAAGGAGCAGCUGAGCAAGAUUGACAGUGGCAUGUCCCAGUUGACAGCAGAGAGCCUUUUCCAGCUUUAUCUCAGCAUGAAGGAAUUCUAUCACAUGAAGGAUUUUGUGUGCAGCAGAGAAGCCCCUCUCGCACUGACAGGUUUCCACCUAUGGUUUAAGGAAGCCAUCCCCUUGUGGCUUCAGAAGACAUACACAAUAGCUCUAGAAAGGACCCAAAGAGCCAUCCAAGUGGACCAGUUGACACCACUGGGAGAACUGAAUAAACACAGUACGUCCACCGUUGACCUAUCCACUUGUUAUGCUCAGAUGGUGAAGACCUGGCAACAAUUGGAUUGGCCUGAUCCUGAAGAGGCCUUUAUGAUCAUGGUGAAAUUUGUUGAGGACAUGUGUAAACUUGCUCUGAUGUACUGUCGGAUGAUCAAAGAAAGGGCAGAGGAAUUGUCAUCCAAUCGAAAUGAGGCAGGACAAGCAGCAAACAGGCUCUGUGUUGUGGUGAACAACAUUGAGCAGCUCCGGAUGAUGAUCCUGAAGUUGCCCCUACAACUGGACUGGGCACGCCUGGAACGGAACACUGGACCUGUCAUUACUCCAGAGCAGAUCCAGCACACGCUGCACCACCAGCUUCAGGCUUCCAUUGCCUGCCUCAACAAUGAGAUCCGAGGAGUGAUGCAGACUCUGGCAACCAAACUGGAUGCUGGAAUUGCCCAACACAUCCAGGAAUUGUCUGUUUCCAAUGACUCCAACAAUCCAGAGGAUUGCAUCACGCCUUUAAUGAGAUUCUUGGAGUAUGAGCUUCAAUAUCUGAACGGGAACCUGGUCCAGGAGAACUUUAACAGUCUUCUGAAGCUUCUGUGGAAUCAUACCUUAGACUUGCUGAAAGAAGCUACAAAACACCAAGUUGGAAAAUUGGAGUACUAUAGGAGAUUUCAAUUUGCCCUCCAGGGCUUGGAACUCUGCUUUCACGGAGAAGGCUGUGGACUGUCGAAGGACACCCUUCACACACCAGCCUUUACAGCUCUGGAGAAAGAAUUGGACCUUUGCUCCUCCACCAGCAGAAAACUUAUUCAGAAGUAUUUCAGUGCUCGAAUCCAGCAGCAGGAAGAGGCCAGCCCUGAAAAAUAUGGGGCUGUGACCAUCAAAGCUUUUUACCGCCACUCAGAACAAAAACUGCAUGUUGAAGUACUCAAUGCUGUUAAUCUCCUUCCUAUGGACUCGAAUGGCUUAAGUGACCCCUUCAUCCAACUCACUCUGGAGCCACAGCAUGAGUUCCCUGAGAUUGCGACACGGACAACUGAGUGCAUAAAGAACAAUCUUCACCCUCUGUUUGAUGAAGACUUUGAGUUUUUGGUUCCUCCAGAAAAAUGUCGACAAGAUGGAGCAUGUCUGCUGCUUACAGUGUUUGACUAUGACACCGUGGGAGCAAAUGACCUGGAGGGAGAAGCUUUUCUCCCACUCUGCAGGGUCUUGGGAAUGAAUGAGGCUGAAGAGUCAAUCAACCCAUCCACAGUACCACAGAUCCGUUUACCUUUAACUCAUCCCGGAACUGCUGGCAAUGACAUCCUGAAGCUCCUGGGGACCCGCAAAGGAGACAAGGAAGCACAGGCCUUUGUGAAGCUACGCAGACAAAGGGCAAAGCAUUCCAAGGAGCUGGCAUGAUGCAGUCAAGCAAAAUGGGUUAAAGCACAGGUUGAACCAAGGUGCAGCGGGGGCUCUGCUGCCAUGGCAACAGUGGAUCAUACGGGGGAAGAGUAGGAAGCUGUGAGGCUCUCAUUAUUGCUCCUCAUGGCUUUGAUGCAACAAACCAGACGCUGGAAGCUCUUUGUCAGCGCAAAUUUAAGUGCUGUGGCAAGUCAAGGUGCUGGUUGUGUUUGAAUGAAAUCUGAUCUAUGUUCAUCUAAGGGGCAACAGGAAGGAGCCAUGUCUCCCCAUCCCCACCCAAUAUUUUCCUUGCCGCAGGAGUUUGAAAAGAACCAAAUGCAGACUAAGGCGGUCCCAAGCGGAUCUGCGCCCAUCAGUAUGUGAGCGAUGUACUUCUGCUGGAAAGAGCCAGGCUGCUUGAGUCGUGAAGCUUGGGAUGAGCCUCUCGUGGAACUUCUGCAGGAAAUCCUUGCUCUGUGCUCCAGAUGGCAUGGGAAAGGGGCUCCCAAAGGAACGAAAAUAAACAUUUGGGAGGAGAAAAAAAUGGAUGUGUUAUCUAUCACUGUCUUCUGCUACAGAGUCUGGGACUAACUUCUGCUUAAGCACCAUUGAUUUAAAAAGCAGUUAAACUGAGAAACUGCUGGUAACAGCUCCCAGACCUCUUUAUAUCCAGGGCACAGUUUUCAUAAUUGCAGCACAGUGAGGGCUGAAAAAUAAAUAGGAGAACCCUUGUGGUUGAAAGCAAUGGAUGUAUUAAUAAUUAUUGUACAAUCCUUUCCUCUACCAACACUACUGUUCUUGUUAUAGCUCUAAGCUGUAGUUGUCUCCUAGGGUAUCACUGAGGCCUGAAAUGACACGCAUUACAAAAGCAGAAGUUGGGUGGGUGGGAACAACAAAAUGUCUUUGCUUCUGCAGCAUGAAGGAAAAGUCAUGCUGCUGUGAACUGGAGCCUCAGGUAAAUAAAUCCAGGAGCAUGAAAGAAGACAAGCAACACAGUAUUUCAUGAAGAGUCGGCAUAUAUUUCAAAGUUCGUCAUUUCCCCCCCCUGCCAUGACCUGUGUUGCCAUGACAACAAUAUUGCAGCUUUGCGUGCUGUUCCUUCUGAGAGAGCCCAUUUUCGGUGCCCCAGUGCCCAAAGUUAAACAAGGUUUCCAUAAAAGAAGAAAAAUACUAAGCGGACUAAGGUUCUCAACGGGUUUCUCUUUCCCAUCAGAAAGAGCAAGACAAAUGAUUAAAUAAAACUAAGACAUGCUUUUUCACCACGUGAGAAAGGAAUCUAGUCCUCGGGAUUAGGGAAGAAGCUGGAAGGGGGGAGCUCAAAGCCUCAUGAUGGCUGCUUUGAAUAUGUUAAAGCCGUCAUACUUCAAAGAUGUUUCCACAGGAUUAGAAGACAGCCUUGCAUAUGUGUAGCCCUAGGUCUGGAUCCCCUAACUUAUCCUCUCCACAAGGGUGUAGACAUGGCUACUCAAUCCUGAAGCGCAUUUAAGGGUAUUUAAACAUUCCUAACCAUAAUUAAAGCACGUUUUUCACUAAUAAGAUCCAGGCGUAUUAAAAUGUAUUGCUCUAAACCACUUAUCAGUGAAGUCACAGAAAGGACUGGAGGCAGAUUUGAAAGACCUGCUGCCUAAAUCACUAUGGAUGCAACCAGAGCAGAUGUUACUACUUUUCUGGGAAUAGGCAUAGCCUAGCAGUUUUCUCCUGAUUCUGAGGCAAGCAGAAGUACGAGAGCACCGCUGGGCCUCAGGCUUCGUACCACUUAUUAGUCAACUUCUUGCUUACUAAAUCUGCUCUUGAUAAAUAAAUCUGUUUUCAAGCUAAGGUCACUGCUGCAUAUUGCCGAUGUGACUUCCAUAACUCAUAUGCUGUGUGAAAUGCUUAUCUUUAGGUGGUCACUAUCCCAAGUUUACUUUUUGUAAAUAUAACUUCUUCCUGUUAUAGUACUUAAUAUUUUUCUACCAUAAGUAAGACAGUGAUCAUAUAGACAGUAUUUCUGCAUCUUUGCCAAAUCUGUGACAUCCUUACUUAAAAGUCCAGAUAAUACAGCAUGAACAGCUCCAAAACAAAAGUGUUGUUAUACUAGGAAUUUUAUUUUUCAUUUCUUUUUAAAAUAAUAUCCACUAGGUUGCAGGCCAGUGCAUGACUAUCUUUGAUGUGCCUUUCACUGCUGCAGAUCUGUUUUCAAGCUACUUACCACUACUUACGAUGUAAGUAUAUAUGAAAAGUAAGGAUUCAACUUAUACUUAAUUUGAUUUCAUUUCAAUUCACCUGUCAUUUACCUGGUGUAGAGAAAUCCGUUUCAGGCUUCUUGGAUUUUCACCACCAUUCUGAAUAAUUUGGUGUCUUCUAAAUAAUUUAAGAAUAAAUUAAGUAGCACUGCACUCAUUAGGUUGUCAGUCAAAUAUAGAACUUAACUGACUCUGGAAAUGCUAUCAAUAUGUGUAACUAUUGUGUCAUCUUUAAUCAAUUACCAAUUCCUGAGAAAGACAUCCGUCUGCUCCAUGAAUGCUUGGUUUAUAUAGAAGCUUUUACAGGGAAAGACUUUGUCAAAAAUAUUCUGAAAAGCCAAUUAUUUGAUGUCUAUAUGGGGAAAAAAAUUCUGAUGAACAAAAACUUUUCUCAGUAGAAGAAAUGAUGCUACAUAGUAUGACUCCAUCUAUAUAUUGACCUGCUAUGGUUUUAAUUAUUAAUCCUAUCUGACUUUCAGGCUAUCAGUCUUAUCAUUUGUUCUCUCUGCAGCAAUUCCUUUUAAAAAUUAAUUCUACAAUCACCCAGUGCAGGUGAUUUUAGAAAAAACUAUUUUUGUCAGAGCAUCAGCAAUUUCAUCGUACAGAGAUUUGGAAAGGGAGAGCAUGGGAGAGAUGGAAAACUUCCUUCUCCUCCAUCCCCGCUCCCCAAAGACUCUGCCAGAGUUUUGGGAGGACAUGGAAUAAGAACUCUGUUCCUUUAAGAGUUUGGAUAUCCCAUUCUCACAUCCAUCUUGAACCAAUUAUUUUCCUUUUUUUUUAACCUCAGGUUAGAUUUCUUUUCCCCAAUCAUGUAACCUCCAGACAUGUUAGGAUUACAAUUUCCAGAAACACCUGGCAGCACAAUCAUGCUCCCGAUCAUUUGUAAUGGCACUAAAAAAGGGUUCGGGACCAAAAAGAUUGAUGUCCAGCUACUUAAGAAAUGGACCUUCAAUACUGUCCUGCUUCUUUCACCCUGAGAAUUUAAGAAUUGCAACUGCUCAAUAGGAUAUAAGCAUAGCUGUGGUGCUCUGGCCUGCUGUAGUCCUAGCUUUGAGAAUGUGAAUCCAUUACAGAAACAACUCAGUAAUUUCAUACUAAUUUUAUAGUGUCUUGUAUUUUUGCUUAUUCCCAUUUUAAUAUGACUAUCCAUCUUAUAUUUAUAAUCUCCCCAAACCCUAUUCCAUAAACUAUAUUUACUAACACAGUGAAUGUCCCAUCAUCCAAACAAUCAGCCACCAGCUAUUUUUAGCCAUGUAUGCAAUGGGACCUUAUUCAUCCAAAUAUGAACAACUUAAGUUACAUCAUGACACCACAGAAGACAAACUUGAAUCAUUACGGACAAAAGUAAAAGACAAUCUGGACAAGUGCAAAUACAAAUAUCAUUAGGAAAAGAGUAUAGCUCAGUGCAGAGUAAAUUACUGUAUUGCAUCUAACAUCAGACUCUCAAGUUAAUCAUGUUUGAUUUAUCCUGCUGAUAUCAGUAAAUCUCAGUAUGAUUAAAUUUGAUUGUUAAAUUUCCAUGAUGGAACCUUCAGUUUUAAAUCCAGAUUUUAAAAUUACUUAAGUAGGGAUUGUCCAGUUCGUAUGGAGAGACAGAUAUUGCAGUACAGUAAUCUGAUUAUUAAACAGCCCUGUCUUUGUUUUUCUUUCUCAAAAGUGAUGGGAGGAUGGAUGAGAUACCAAUUUGAAACAAAGGAAUGUGAAAAACUCCUGGCCAAUGCUGUUAGAAAGGGCAGAUUUCUUCUCUUUACAGUUGGGUGCUCAAAAGCUGUCUGAGUAAACUUCCACAGAGCUGCUCACUAUUCCCUCCUGAGACCUUCAGACUCAGUCUUCAACAGCCUGCAAUUGUCUCGCUUUCAGCCAUUACAAAGAUUCACUAGAGUCAACUAGCGCUCCCUCUAGCUGGAUCAUGGGAGUGCCAAAAUGGCUGGCCCUAUCCAUACUUCUUGUUUUCAUGGCAGGGCAAAAAAGAAAAAGUAAAGCCAACAAUGUUGCUGUCCGACCACCUUCAACCAAGACCUGUGUGAGAGCACCAGGCUGCUAGGGUGGAGCUCAAGGAGUUGGCAAUUAGUGGAGUUUCCACCAAGAGAAAACCAGCCCGCUCCCAAACCCAAAGAAGCUCCAAUGUCUCAAACAGCAAAGCAAAGGUGUUGUGAUUUGAGAUUUUAGGCAGUUGAGUGAAAGAAAAUCAGCUUGGCUACUUAGUAGAGAUACUACUGCCCUUCAGGAGCAGUACCAAAGUUCUCUAUGGCAGUGUGAGGAAAACCAAAGAAGUACUCACUCAAGAGCACCAAGGAGGAGGACUUUCUUAGAUCUAGAACUCUUUCCCCUGAGGAAUGGGAAUGUUACCAUUUUUUAAAAAAAAUAAUUUAGGGUUUGAGAAUAAGCCCAAGUCUCUUUUAAUUUUGUCUUUAUACCAUAAACAGAUUUUUAAAAAACAUCCUGAAAUCCUGUCCUGUAAUUCAUUCCCCAUUCUGUAUUAUACAGAAUGGGGAAUGAAUUAUGGAAUAUAAUAUUAACUCAUUUUGCUGUAUUUGUCUUCAAAAUUCUCUAAAGUAAUAUUAUGGUUUCCAUAGUAUCAAAAAGUAAAAGAAAGGUGAUAUGUGGGCUUCCUGGCAUACAACCCACAAAGUACCUCUUCUGGCACAAGCUCUGUGAGGAAAAAAAAAGGAUUUUUUUUUUUUGGCCAUCAUGUGAACACAUACUAUACUUUUACUUCCAUGAGGCUUGAAUAGAAAAUAUUGUUAUACUGUGAUGUGUUAUAUAUCUAUAAUAUGCAGGGAAUUCCUCAUUACUUCCCUACCUUCCAAGCAUAAAGUAAAUAUUCUCUUAAAGUCCAAGGGACACCACAUGUACAUUCUCAUACAGACAGACAUAUGCACAAACAAAAUGGCUACCUUUUUUUCUUAGCAAAAAAAUAAAAAAAUUUAUUGUCUUCUAGAAAAUCCAUCCUGCCUUUGGAAAUUGUGACAUAAGAUUGCAUUUUGUUUUAGCUCCACAUGCAAAUUCACUUUGCCAAGAAAGAGUGUCUAAAAUUAGGUUUCUGGACAGCCAAACACACAUAUAUACAGAAUACGAGAAAGAACAAUAGCUGAAAUCACAGUUCUGCAUUACAGUCUAUAAUAAUGUAAUCAAACACCACAUUGUACACACCAUCUAUUAUUAUCUUUUGGCUGACUUCUACACAGACUGGAAUGGCUCUCCCCCCACCAGCCACCUCCCCUGCCAAGGAAAAUCCAAGGAAAGAGACUGGUCAAGAAGCGCCACCAUAAAUACUGCAGUGUGUAGUUUUAAAAAAUUUAUAUUGUAUUAUUUAUGUUCUUUUGUUUAAAACAUUGGAAGCUACAAAGUGGGGAAGCCCCAUAGAGAUUUUUGAUCCAUAGUCACCAGAUUUGAGGAACACUUCACUUAUAAUACUUCUCACCAGAAACAUCUAUGUUCUCAUUGCAUUACUCCAAAGGCUGAUAUAUUGGGGGGGAGGGGGGAGGAUUAAAAAUAAUAAUGAAGAGACUCCCACACACACACACUGGUCAUAAAAGGAAGAAAUGUAUUUCCUGCAUUUAGGAAAUAGUUGCAAGGCUUCUAUGUGGAGUCUCUGUUCUGCUCUGCCUAUAAGACUGAACUGUGGUUUAGUAAGACAAGUUGACUCACCAUUAGUUUUGGGCUUGUGCAUUUCUCUUCAAAAGUUCUACUUUCAAUUUUGACUAAUUACAUUUUAAUAUUAUGUCUGAACACUAAUCUGCAGUUAACCAUAGUGAAAAAAUAAACUAGUUUCUCAAGCUAUGUUUUAAUGGUGGUUUGUUUCAAUUAACCACAAUUAACACUAAAUGCAGUUGUAGAAGUUCAAACGGCACAGCAAGCUGUGAUUGUUUCAAAUGGAUAUAAAUGAAUUCAACCUCCUUUUCAUAGUUACACUGGAGGAGGAGGAGGAGGAGGAAGAGGAGAGAGUAGGCACCUCCUGGGCUUAUUAAACCAGGGAUGGAUUGCAGUAUUGAACAUAGGCAAGGGGCCACCAUCUCCUCUACUGGAGCCCUAAAGAUGGGGAGCAAUGCUUGACUAAAAUGUGCAAUCCCUCACCUUCACAAAGCCAUUCAUCUUAAAAGGAAGGAACAUAUGUGGGAACUUAGAGGCUUCCCUAUUAAUCAGUAAUCCUAUAUACUCUUAUCGCAGGUUUACUGACAUCUCUGAAUAAUACGGAUUUUGCAAAUACAAUACUGUAUCCAUUUCCCUCAUAUUCAGAGCAAGAAGAAAGCAUCCAGUUUGGAUUAGUGAAUUGUAUUAGUAGCCGGGCCUCCAAAUCCCUAAAACCUUUGGAGAGUGGAAAUGCAUUACAUUUUUCUAGUAAGGACUUUGUUCAAAAACCAGAGUUGGGAGACGACAGGCUUUAUGCCCAAGUGUGUGUGGAAUUCCGUAAUCCAAACACAAUUCCUUGGGCAUUUCAUUAGGGAUGAUUUACUCAGGAACCCAAUUUUUGACAGGCAGAAGCUACAGAAUCUGUUGGUUUAAAAGAGAAGAACUGAGCAGAUCCUGUAACAAGUCAGCAACUGCUGGCAGGAUACAGCAGAAUUGCUCUCAAUCAUCCCAGUCAACAAAACUGCCUAUACAGAAAUUUAAUACAGAAUUAAUUCUUUAAAAAAACAGAGAAGCCAUUUUUGCUUUUCCACUUGAUAAUUAAUAAAGCAUUCACAUUUCAGGUAUUUCAUUUUCAAUAUUAAAAUUCAUAGAAAUCUAGCAUUUUUUUUUUUAAAAAGUGCUUUUUAAAAGAGUGGGAUAGAGAUACUUGUCUUUCUGAUUCCCAGGUUUAGAUAAAACCAAUCUACUGUUAUAUUCUCUUGCCCAUAUAUAAUACUGAUAUCAAUGAGGCAGGGGAUAGGGACAUAAUUGGAUAAGGGGCUGUUAGUUAUUUAUAAGAGUGGGGGAAUUUUUAAUUCUCUUGUAUUCUUUGGUCCUUCAAAAUAAGACAGACAGACUAGGUUGUGGCAUGUAUGUAAAUAGCCUUGGCUUCACACACAAUUUCUUUUUCACAUCCCACCAGCAAUUUGCCAAUGGAUGUUGGGGAUAGCAAUUGGAUAAUUAACAAUAUUGUACAGAGUUGCCACUUCUUGGAAACAGAUUUUAAAAAAGAAAAAAUCUAAAUCUAAGUGACACCAAGGAUAUUGGUGACACGCCUCCUGAAGAAUUCUGUUGAAUUUAACAAAGCUACGGGAACUCAGGAUAAACCAGAUCAUCCCACAAAGUCAACAAUUCACUAUGGACAAUCACAUAGAAAGGCAGAGGAAGCAAUAAAACACAAUGUUUACAAAAGUAAGUAUUACAAAUCAGUCACCACCAGAGCACUUGCAAAUGGCUGCAGUUCUGUAUAAACACUAUAGACCCGAUUCAAAGAUUUUAUUUCCUAUUAUUUUUAAAUUAGUUACCAAAAUAGUUUAGUACAUUUCCAGCAGAGUAUUAUUCCCCAUAAUUUAAAUGUAUGUGUAUCUGUAUGUAUUUUUUUUUAAAAAUGUUCACAUAUUUUAAACAAACAAGCUUUCCUUAAGACUGAAGCAUGUUUCCUGACCAUGGAGACCAGGAAUGCCUCAUGGCACAGACAUUCAAAGGCUAUAACCAAAAACAACACAGCUACAAGAGUCAGCCAGCAGUGUCUCUCCAUACAUAAAAAAGCCAAUUAAGUGUUUUUUUUAAAAAAAUGAAGAAAACAACAGAUACUAGUACAACAUACACAUUGAAAAAAGCAAUUUUAUCAAACAUAAAAGUUAAUUAAAAAAAAAAAACUAACCAGAGCUGCACUUUGAGAUUAUCUGGGAAUGCAUAUUAACCCCCCCAAAUAUAGAAGGGUGGAAUUAUGGAAGCAAAUCUAAUGAUGUACUUGAAUUACAUAUGGAAAAACUAUCUUGAUGGUGAAUAGCUGGAUCCCUCUUAUGAAGACAGAGUUUCCAGUGCUUUUUCAGGUUAGGGAAAAGUGGGUCAACUACUGCAAACAAAGCAAAGACUGGUGAGCAAGGGAGUGAGAUUAUAAUUCUAAAUAUUACACUUUUACAUAUUAAACAACUCCCAGUGCAAAAUGGCAGAUUAGAGUCCUUCUAGACUGGACUGUUUCUUCUCAUUGGCUGGAGGCUGUUGCGUUGUUUGAAUAAGAACAAACUGCAGUGAGAGCUCUAUCACUCAGGGACAGUAGGACAACACGUUCACUGGAUACAAGUUUUAAAACAGAAAUAUUCCAAACCAUAAAUUUCAGUGAAAGUCAGUUGGAUUCAGGCCCCAAUAUCAGUUUGUAGAACUUAACACACAUAAUCGAACUAUCACACAUAAUCAGUGAGUUAACACUCCUUUGUAAAACACUCUGGGGAGAGUGCAAAUGAAUUCUCAAAGGACGUGAUUCACUGAAGCUGCAAUCUGAGGCACAUUUACUAGGAAGCAAGUUCCAGUGAGUUCAGUAGGGCUAAAUUCUGUGUAAACAUGUUUAGGAUUAGUCUACAUGUUUCUUUUUAAACUGAUUUUAAUAAGAUCUGCUUAGAGCUUGGACAUUUAACUCAUGCUGGCCUACAAAAGCAUGAGAAAUAAAUGGUUACUCCUGCUAAACCAGCUGUUGCCUGGAACUCAAGUUACUCAAGACAGCUACUAGUUACUGUCCAUCUGUUUUAACAACGAGCCAAACUUAUGUACUCCUCUUAACUGGAUGCACUGCAUCCAGAAAGCGGAUAAUAAGAGUGGUCAUUUCAGUCCAUGACAAAAGGUUGCCAAUAUUGUCUGGUAUAUGUAGUUGUCUAGUAAGUCCAUGCCAAGGAACGUGCUUAUAGAUUCAGACAUUAUAGUCAUUUGGGGAUGAUAUACACCAUCUUCAUUGAAGUUGUCUGCUGGCAGGUACCCAGCCAAAAAGGGAAUUUGCACCAACAUUAAGUUAACCAGGGGAGUUAAUGGUGAUGCUAAACUAAGGGAAUAGGUAGGAGAUAUCUUGUGAAGAAAAGCAGAGCAGUAGGAAGGACAUGUCUGCAGGAAAACGUUUCCCAUUGGUGGUAUAAAUGCCAAAGUAGAAGUGCAGGAGAAUAAAGACCCCUCUCUUCUCCAGAAUCAUUCUUUGGAUUCUCCAAACACAAUGCAUCCUAUACAUGCUCAAAAAAUAUUCCCAUCUCCAAGAGAAUGGUCACAAGAAGGUGACUUGUGAAGCAUGGGAUUAACAUAAUUGAUCCCUAAUGCAGAUGCUCAAGGAAAGCUUAGAAAGUUCAAGGAAAUGAGAAAAUUUCCUAAUAAUAAGGAAAAGGAAUGUAUUUUGGAAGUGAAGCAAUGUGGAUUCUGAGCACAACGUUCCCUUAUCUCUCUCUUACGUGUGGUGAAAUGUGGCCUACAUGUGGUAUUCAUGAUAAAUCUAUCACAAGAAUGUAAAGUGGAUUAAGAGCUUUAAUUCCUAAACAGCUAACUAAUCUCAAGAGAGGAUAUUGUGGCAUCUUAGAUACUUUAUCAAUUUCAUCCUGCACUGUUGUAUUCACCCACACCUACGUCUAGCUAUUCAUGUUCAUUGUUAAACAUUUUGGGAACCUGCAUUCUGCUUCCAAAACAUACAACUUCUAAAUUUUUGCAAAACUGUCUUUUUUCUGUAAUUUUUUCCACCACAAUCUCUGUAUUUUUGCAGAAAUUACUAGCUUAGGGAAUCCACAUUUCAUUCAGUUUGCAACUCUAACAGAAGUCCUCAGCUAUGCUAUGUAAACCUUAUCAAAUGCUAUCUUGUAUUAAAUGUGGAUAAAGAUGGGAAAAGAAAGCACUUUAUCUUACUGACAGAUAAAAAUAGGACUUAGUUACUGGCAAGUAACUAUCUUCUCUAUGACAUUCUAUCCAUGUUUGUGUUGGUGACAACUUAUUCUAAGUUAACAAUAUGAAAUGUUGCACAGUUCAGAUAAGAUGAUUUUGUGCUACAGGUCUGGAUCUUCCCCAUUUCUGAAUGCACAAAGGGCCAUCCUUCUCUGAACUAUAGAAUAGAGAUCGCUUUUAACUACAACACUUGUAACAGCACCAUUCAUAGAAAUAUAAGAAUGAAAAAGGAGAUGUGUUGUUUUGCUUCUUCCUACUGGCAAAUACCAAGCAUUAGUUAAAUACUAAACAAGUUUGAUAACUGAGCCAAGCACAGCUCACUAUGUAUUGCAUUCUGUAGUCUGAUUUUUUUUUAACCAGAACACUCCAUUUCUGCAGGCAGGCAGAAAACCAGGAAAUUUAAUGGAUUGCAAUUGGUCUGGUGAGUUACAGACUUCUCUCAGACAGACCAAAAAGUUUAAAAGACUCCAAGUGGCUCCAUUAUCAAAGCCUGAUUCUGAAGCCCUUCUCUACUUCCAUGAUAAUGCAGACCACAAAUUUGAACUUUUCUCUUUACAAGGUCCCACUCAAAAGUGCUACUGAAGCUUCUGAAAUUCUCACUGCAGAGUAAUGCUGAUGAAAAAAUAUCUCAGCGUUGGCCUCACCUCAACAGUGUAUUUUCUAUUUUUAUUCCUUGGGUUGCUUUCACAGAAUUAAAGAAGUAUGUAAAAUGACUUUCCAAAACGGAACUUUUGGUUUUCCAAGAGACGAGUCAAGAAACUUUCACAAUACUGGAGGCCACAAGAAUGCUGAAUAAUUGAGGCUCUGAAGCAGGGACUACUGACAGGCACGGGUAUGAUUAUUAUGGCCGCACAAAGCCUGUGAAAGAAGUGCUUCAGAAGGCACACAGCAUGAAGAAAGCACCUCUCUUCCAAUUGUUAAAGCAAACUAAUCCUUUGCAAGUUUUACACAGCAGCUUUGAAAGCUAUUCCUGGAGUGAGCAUUGCAAAAGAUACAGCUCCUUUAGCAGUUCAAAGAGAGAUGCCCUUUUUGUGCAUUGCAAAAAACCUGCUUCAAAGGCUUUGCGCAGCUGCAAUGGUUGUGAUACAAAUAAAAAUACUAAAUACUAUAGGAUGAAAGAAGGAAAUAAAGACAUGAAUAGAAAAUUGAUUUCUAUCUUUUCUCUCCCCAAAAGCCCAAUCCUUAGCCUGGAAAUCACUUGCAAACUCUCUUCAUCCUCCCCUCUAAAUCUCUCUCCAGAAAAGGCUAAAAAAAGGUUAUUUCCUAAAUAAAAAAGGGAGGGAGGAGAAACAGAUUUUGCAAAUGGCCCCUUGAUCUAUAUUAAAAAACAGCUCUAAAAGUCCCUAAUGAGUUAGAAUUAAUGGGGACUGUGUGGGUGGGGAGCAGGGAUCCUUUAAAUGGGAGAUGCAAAGUAUUA